AUGGCUGCUGGGGAUCUUAAUUUAUUGAAAUCUUGGAAUCCCAAGUUAAUGAAGAAUAGGAAAAAAGUUUGGAAUACUGAACAAGAUUUAUUAAUUGAAGAACAAAAAUUCAAAGAAAGACAAAAAGAAUUAGAGAAGGAUAAUGAAUUACAAUCAUUAAUCUCUCAAGAUAGUAGUACUUCACUAUUAAAGAAGAAAAAUGGUUUGGAAUGGAUGUAUGAUGAAAGAAUGAAUAAAGAUGAAAAUGAAGAAUAUUUGUUAGGUCAAAAAAAAUUAGAUAUUAAAGUAAUUAAUAAAAAUAAACAAGAAGAUGAGGAAGAAGAAGAAGAAGUAAUGGUUAAGAAACCAAAAUUUGAUUAUUCAAAUGAGGAUCCAAUGAGUAAAUUUAAAAAAGUAUCUAAACAGAAGAAGAAACAACAAAAGAAUAAAAUAUCAAAGAAAUCAUCAUCAUCUAUAAAUAAAAAUAAAAUUAAAAUUAAAAUUAAACCUUCUUCUAAUUCAUUCGAUUACUGA